AUGCAAGGCUUCAACAUGGGCCGGUAUAUACCGCCCGACCAAGCCGGCGGACCCUCAGGUAACAAACUCAACAGCCGCCGUGCUCCAGGCACUCUUCGCAAAGAUGGAAGUCAGACCGUGCGUUUUGAGCUACCUUAUGCUGUGUGGUGCACCACUUGCAAACCGCAUGCCAUCAUCGGCCAGGGGGUGCGCUUCAAUGCGAUCAAGAAGAAAGUGGGGAGUUAUUACAGCACACCCAUCUGGAGUUUCACGCUCAAGCAUGUUACCUGCGGAGGUGCGAUAGAAGUGAGGACCGAUCCGAAGAACACGGCUUAUGUCGUGGUAUCAGGCGGUAAAGCGAGGGAUUACGGCGAAGAUAAAGUGCGAGAGGGUGAGGGUAAGGAAGGUGGGGUCCCGAUCUUGACCGAAGCAGAACGGGAGAGGAGGCGGGAGGAUGCUUUCGCGAAUUUGGAGGGGAAGGUGGAGGAGAAGCGGGUGGAGAAGGAUAAUGGGAAGAGGAUACGGGAGUUGUAUCGGAAUAGGGAGAGGGAUUGGGAUGAUCCGUGGAGUGCUAAUAAGAGGAUGAGGACUGGGUUUAGAAGGGAGAGGAAAGUGCUGGAGAGGGAGGAGAAGGAGGGAGAGGCGUUGAAGAAGAGGUUGGGGACGGACAUUGAGUUGUUGCCCGAGAGUGAGGAGGACGGGAGGAGGGCGGGGAUGGUCACUUUUGGGGUUGGGGAGGAUGGGAGGGGAGACGAUGGCAGCGGAGCGGCUGGGAAGGCUCUCUUUCGUCACGAGCUGCCGGUACCAAGUUCGAGGUCUUUAGUCAAGGCGAAGUCGAGGGCUAAGAGGAAGUAUCAGAAAGACCUGCUUCGACGUCAGCUCGUGAACAAUACACGAGCUGCUAUUGAUCCAUUCGGAAGUGGAGGAUCAUGA